CCACCAGCUCCAAAAUGGUGAUGUUUGACACCACCCUCAAGGUAUGUUUUGUUAUUCGAAUAAGUAGGAUUACAAUGUGGAUGUCAUCGUGUUCACAAUGCUUUCCUAAACCACAUUAUUACUGGUCUCGAGACCAAAGGAGUCAAUCUCUUUUAGGCCGCACCCUUUUCUGUAGUUAUUGGCUCCUGGGGGCCAUUCUGUUUACGGACUUCCCUUCUAAUCAAGUAUAAUAACACUAACUAUAACAAUAGGUCCUAGCACACUGGGGCCCUAAUAACACUAAAUAUGACAAUAGAUCCUAGCACACUGUGGUGGGCCCGUAAUAACACAAACUAUAACAAUAGGUCCCAGCACAUUGGGCCCCUAAUAACACUGACUGUAAAAAUAGGUCCUAGCACACUGGGCCCCUAAUAACACUUACUAUAAUAAUAGGUCCUAGCGCACUUCAGUGGGCUCCUAAUAACACUAACAAUCGUAUUAUAUCUUGGGUAGGCCUUUUCAUGUAUGUAUAAUUGUGUGUAUAUCAUUUAUCUAUCUAAUGUGAACAUAUCUUUAUGUUUAUGUAAUAUAUUUCAUGGUUGGCAGGUAUUUUUAUGUAUUUAUAUAAUCAGUGGAUAUAUUUAUAAUGAUGUAUAUAUAAUGCAUAAAAUGUGCAUAUAUAUUGUGUUUCAGGUGAUAUAUUUAUAAAGAUGUAUAUAAUGCAUAAAAUGUGUAUAUAAAUUGUGGUGAUAUAUUUAUAAUCAUGUAUAAAUUAUGUAUAUAAUGUGCAUAAAUAUUGUGUUUCAUGUAAUAUAUUUAUAAUGAUGUAUAAGGUAUUUAUAAUGAGGUGUAGUGUUUACCGCACCGUUGUUACGAAAAGAGAGCUGAGCCGCAAGGCAAAGCUCUCGAUCUACCGGUCGAUCUUCGUUCCUAUCCUCACCUAUGGUCAUGAGGGUUGGGUGAUGACCGAGAGGACGAGAUCGCGGGUACAAGCGGCCGAGAUGAGUUUUCUCAGAGGGGUGGCUGGCGUCUCCCUUAGGGAUAGGGUGAGAAGCUCAGCCAUCCGUGAGGACCUCGGAUUAGAGCCGCUGCUCCUUUACUUAGAAAGGAGUCAGCUGAGGUGGUUCGGGCAUCUGGUAAGGAUGCCCACUGGGCGCCUCCCUUGGGAGGUGUUUCAGGCACGUCCAGUGGGGAGGAGACCUCUGGGAAGACCCAGGACUAGGUGGAGAGAUUAUAUCUCAACACUGGCCUGGGAACGCCUCAGGAUCGCCCAGUCAGAGCUGGUCAAUGUGGCCCGGGAAAGGGAAGUCUUGGGCCCCCUGCUUGAGCUGCUCCCCCCGCGACCCGACCCCGGAUAAGCGGAUGAAGAUGAGAUGAGACAAUCGUGUCAAAACAAAUCAGAUUGGCCAAUACACAUUGACGAUAAAUUUAAAUAUAUAUAUAUUUUUUAUUCUGAUUAUUCAUUUAUCUGCAUAGAGACGGAAUCAUUCUAGAGAGAAUCACGAUGCAUCGAAGAAUCGAUUAUUUUUCCCCCUCCUACUUACAAUAUCCCUAGAACCCAAAUAUAACUUGCAAAAACCCAUGGUGAAGUUAAUGUUAAUAUUAAUGUUACUGAUAAGCCUUUGUCAAAAUGACAAAGACAGUGCUGCAUAUGAAAAAUUGCAGCCACAUAAAUUCCAUUCAGGUGAGUUUCUCGGCAGGCAGCAAAGAUCACUUCUGUUGAGAAAAAUACUGUGGUCAGUCAAUUUAGAAUAUUCAAAUAAAUGGAAAAAAAAUGGCAUGAACAGUUUCUGAUUUCUCGAGUAAUCCUUCCUAAUUUACUAAUUAGGUGGGGAUUGAACCCGGGACGACCGGGUGCAAGUCCGACACGUUACCUCAAGAAUUUCUCCCUGAUUUUUAAUCUUCGGUCAGCAUUACAUUUAAAUAUGUUACGCUUAAUGCUACUUAUUCAUUAAAAAGAUCGGCUUCACCUCCUCUCAGACUUCACCUCCACUGUGUCAACAGCCAAAUCUGUCUUCUACCAGACCAAAAUCAACUCCUCCGCCUCCAACCCCAGGAAACUAUCCUACCUCACUCCUGAUGACUUUUUUUACCCCCUUUUUUAACCCCUCCUCUUUUACCCCUACCACCAUCCUCCUACACCCUAUCACCACUACUGUUUUUUAUCCACUUUAUCCCUCUCUCCUCCGAAGAUGUCAACAGAAUAGUUACGUCUAACCACGCCACCUUCUGCCCCCUUUACCCGAUCCCCUCCUAACUCCUCCAGGCCGUCUCGAGCGACAUCCUGCCAUUUUUCACCCCCUUAUCAACUCCUCCCUCACUUCAGGCCUUGUUCCAGCAUCCUUCAAGACUGCCAGAAUAAAGCUGCUCCUCACGAAACCGACCCUUGACACCACCGACAUCCAGAACUACAUAAAGAUAUCUCUUCGUUCAGUCCUUUCUAAAACAGUGGAACAGGCCAUCUCUAACCAACAUCCUCCUAUCGCUCACAAAACAAUCAGCUUGACCCUGAUAAGUCAGGCUUCAAGACUGCACACUCCAUUGAGACAGCUCUCCUCACGGUGACCGUGUCACUCUGGGCUGCCAGAGCCUUGUCCCUCUCAUCGGUUCUCAUUCUCCUCUACUUGUCCGCGGUGAACCCUCAGAUUCUCCUCGCCACUCUUGCCAACUCUGCAUCGCUGACUUUGCUCUAUCCUGGUUCACAUCAUACCUGACCAAUCCUAAAUGUAGCAGUGUAAUGCUGUUGCGCUAGAUUGCAAGCAGAGACUCUUGUUUUGAGUUACAUUACUAGAUGUGCAGAGGUCUCUUAUUUUGAAGGAGCAGAGUGGCCAAACUAACGGAAGUUGGGUAGCAAGGUUGUUUGCGCUCUCUUUGUUUCCUGACUUUGCAAGAGAAUGUUCCAGCACAAGUUGUUAUCCAAGAGACAGAAAGGAUUCAAAAGAGGUACAUCCACGGCUCUCCAACUCCUCAAGGUGAAGAAAGCGUUCUUUGCUCUGGUUGCCAACGGCGUCCGUGCUGCUCCUCUCUGGGACAGCAAACUGCAGGUGUUUGUAGGUAUGCUGACCAUCACAGACUUCAUCAACAUCCUGCAGCGUUACUACACAUCUCCCCUGGUGCAAAUCUAUGAGCUGGAGGAACACAAGAUCGAGACAUGGAGAGAGAUCUAUCUGCAGUACUCUGUCAACAGUCUGAUCAGCAUCUCCCCUGAUGCCAGUCUGUUUGAGGCCGUCUACUCUCUGCUGAAGCAUAAGAUCCACCGGCUUCCGGUCAUUGACCCAUUGUCUGGCAACGUUCUACACAUUCUCACCCACAAACGCAUACUCAAGUUCCUUUACAUCUUCGGUUCUUUGCUUCCUAAGCCUCGGUUCCUUCAAAAGAGGAUCCAGGAGGUGGCAAUUGGGACAUUUAAGGAAAUCGCCACUGUGCUGAUCUCGGCCACCGUCUACGAUGCCCUGUCUGUGUUCGUAGAGCGACGGGUGUCUGCUCUACCGGUGGUCGACCAAAAAGGGAAAGUUGUGGCUCUGUACUCACGCUUUGAUGUUAUCAAUCUAGCAGCCCAGAAGAGUUACAACAACCUGAACAUGAGCAUGCAGGAGGCACUGGCAAGCAGGUCCUGCUCGAUGGAGGGGGUCCUCAAGUGUUACCCCUACGAGACCCUGCAGACCAUCAUAGACCGCAUUGCUAAGGCUGAGGUGCAUCGGCUGGUGCUGGUGGACAGUAAGGAUGUGGUCCAAGGGAUCGUGUCUCUGUCUGACCUCCUCCAGGCAUUGAUACUCAACCCUGCAGACAUAUAUGUUCCUUAGCAUUGUGAAGUUGGAGACUAGCAUUAGAACCAAGCACCGCGUCUUGGUGGGGCGGUAGUUGAAACCUUCCCAUGACAUGGGGGAAGAGAAGAGUGUGUGAAGAAGAAGCUUUCGUGGGCUGACCUGGAUGUGUCUUUGAGCAAGGCAUUAGUUGGCAGACUGGCGGAGGUAGGCGCCAACCUCAAGAGCUCAGGGUGAAAAGCCAACUCUCCAUGAGCUCCAACCCAGUAGAUGCAGGAGAUCUGUACUCCUGUUGUCUUACCAAUGAAGGAUGAAGAACUUGAUGUGAUAAAACUCCUGCGCUGGCACCUCUACCAUGACCUGGAUGUCGUAUUGCUGUCCACUGGGCUUGGUCAAAGAUGAAGACCUCUUGUUUUACUAUAAAAUGAUCAAUGUAAUUUCACCAAAGUAUCAACACUCACUCUAAUAAACACGAUCAAUGUUGGAUUUCUUGUUCGUGUUGUGCGCUUAUUAUACCUCAAUGUAGCAGCCAAACUAGGGAUACCUGAAGUUAGCAGGUAUAGCUUAUUAUACCUUCAUUUAGCAGGAAUAGCUUAUUUAUAGCAAUCAUGAUUAAAUAAAAAUUAUAAUAAGGUAAUAAUAAUAAGCUUUAUUUAUAUAGCCCCUUUCAUAGCAUGAAAUGCACCUUAAAGUGCUUUACAAGAGAUACAAUGAACAUCAAUAACGCAUGUUUUAUUAUAUAAGGGUUAGCUA